UCGACAUAAUAGAGCCAUUGGUUCCCAAUAUCUCGCUGCCCCUUUCUUAUCGUCAUCCGUACAAAAUAACUCUCAAGUUCCUUCCUUUUCACUAGGCAGAGAUGUUGAAGCACUGUUUUGUGUCUCAUAACGCCGCCAGUGAUCUCUAUUUCCCUUUCUCCAACUCCAGAUUCAACCCUGCAAGCUGCCGAAAGAAGCCACCUCGUCUCACCUCCUGCGUUGUCAAUGUUGGAUUCCAAGAUAUCGCUGAGGUCAUCCACAACAAGGUACUCAUAGCUGCUGGGACUUCCGCUGCGAUUGGGCAGCUUUCAAAGCCCUUCACUUCUGUGGUUUUGUAUGGGAAAAAAUUGGACUUUAGAAGUGUCUUUCAAGCUGGAGGUUUCCCUUCAACACAUUCAUCUUCUGUUGUGGCUGCAGCAACUGCAAUUGCUUUUGAAAGGGGGUUUGCUGAUUCCAUCUUUGGUCUAACUGUGGUUUAUGCUAGCCUUAUCAUGUAUGAUGCCCAGGGGGUGAGGAGAGAAGUUGGGAAACAUGCGAAAGUGUUGAACAAACUAACAGCAAAUGCUAGUAGAAGUGAAGUGAUGAGUUUAAAGGGGAACAAAUCUAACAAGGUUUUACAAGCAGACGAGAUCAGUGAGGAAGUUGUUCCACCAUUGAAAGAAUCAAUAGGACACACUGAAGUUGAAGUCAUAGCAGGGGCUUUGUUCGGUUUCUUAGUUACCUUCAGUGUUUAUUCCCUUCUGUAAAAAAAAAAAAAAAAGCUCCAAACUUUUAUAAACUAAAUAUUAUUUUUGUGUGUUGUUUGAUAAGAAAGAAAGAGAGAGAAUUUAAUAAUGUGGAAAUUGCAAUUAAACAGAA